AGGAGCAGAGGCAGCUCCAGUCCACCAGGUGGCGGUAGAACACUGGGUUUACCGCUGUGUGGAAAGGAAGAACAGGAUGAGGUUCGUUUCCAGUCAGCUGGACGUCCUGAGAAAAUCUCUGGGAUUUAGUUAGUUUCAUUCGCUCCACAUUUUCCGAUUCACGGUCCAGACAGCACGAGUUAGCCGUUGCCAUAGAGCCGAACCGGGCGGCUUCGUUCGAACCGGUUCUGAACAGCAUUUGGAACUGGAGCAGACUGACUGGUUCAGAAUCCAGAACGUUCUUUCCUGCUCAGAAACACCAGCCGUUUUGGUCCCGUUUAGAUGUGCAGUUUCUCAAACUUCCUGUUCAGACAUGGCGAAGCUCCGUCACUGCUGCACGGUCCUCUUGCUCCUCUUCACUUCCGUCUCGGCUCACAGUGACUUCUUCACUUCCAUCGGACACAUGACGGACCUUCUGUUCGUGGAGAGGGACCUGGUGUCUUCGCUGAAGGACUACGUCAGCGCAGAGGAGGACAAACUGCAGCGAAUCAAGCGGUGGGCGGACAGGCUGGACGCGCUCUCGACUGCCGGUUCUCAGGAUCCCGAGGGUUUCCUGGGUCACCCGGUGAACGCCUUCAAACUGAUAAAGAGGCUCAACACGGAGUGGGCGGAGCUAGAGAGCCUGGUGCUGACUGACGUGUCGGAUGCGUUUGUCUCCAACCUCACCAUCCAGAGGCAACACUUCCCCAACGACGACGACCAGACCGGAGCGGCGAAAGCUCUGAUGAGGCUCCAGGACACCUACAAACUGGACACAGAGACCAUCUCCAGCGGACGGCUGCUGGGCUCGUCUUCGGUGGCCACGACGAGCAGCGUCCUGACCAUGGAAGACUGCUACGACCUGGGAAAGGUGGCGUAUUCCGACGUGGAUUAUUACCACACGGAGCUGUGGAUGGCCCAGGCCUUAAAGCAGCUGGAGCAGGGGGAGGAGUCCAGCGUCGUGGACGCCAUCGCCAUCCUGGACUACCUGAGCUACUCCGUCUACCAGCAGGGCGAGCUGGAGAGAGCGCUUGCGUUCACCAAGAAACUUCUAGAACUCGACCCGUCACACCAGCGGGCCAACGGGAACCUGAAGUACUUUGAGUACCAGCUGUCCAAACAGAAGAAGCUGGAGGUCGACGACAACGACGAGGAGCAGAGGAUGUGGAAGGAGAACCGAGGUCGCCGUGACGACUACCUGCCAGAGAGGAAGCAGUACGAGAAGCUGUGUCGGGGCGAAGGCGUCCGGAUGACUCCCCGCAGGCAGAGCCGCCUCUUCUGUCGCUACUACGACAACGGCCGGCACCCCAGGUUCGUAAUAGGACCGCUAAAGCAGGAGGACGAGUGGGACAGCCCUCACAUCGUCCGUUACCACGACAUCGUGUCGGAAAGAGACAUGGAGAAGGUGAAGGAGCUGGCCAAACCCAGGCUCCGACGAGCCACCAUCUCCAACCCCACCACCGGCGUCCUGGAAACGGCCCAGUACCGCAUCAGUAAGAGACGGGCCACGGUGCAUGACCCUCAGACAGGCACACUGACCACAGCUCAUUACAGAGUCUCUAAGAGCGCCUGGCUCGGAGCGUACGAGCAUCCCGUCGUGGAUAAAAUCAACCGGAGGAUCGAGGACAUCACGGGGCUGGACGUCAGCACGGCCGAGGACCUGCAGGUGGCCAACUACGGAGUAGGAGGGCAGUAUGAACCUCAUUUCGACUUCGGACGGAAAGAUGAGCCGGACGCGUUCGAGGAGUUGGGAACCGGGAACCGGAUCGCCACCUGGCUGCUCUACAUGAGCGACGUGCAGGCAGGGGGCGCCACUGUCUUCACCGACAUCGGUGCUGCUGUUCAACCGAAAAAGGGCUCGGCGGUGUUUUGGUUCAACCUGUAUCCCAGUGGAGAGGGGGACUACAGGACCCGACACGCCGCCUGCCCGGUACUGCUGGGAAACAAGUGGGUUUCCAACAAAUGGAUGCACGAACGGGGACAGGAGUUCAGAAGGCGCUGCGACCUUCACUGGACCGACUGACGCUCGUUUAUCUUCUCCUCAUCCCGUUCUUCUGGCUCUUACUGAGAAACGGAACGCUUCUCCUCUGAUCUGAUGCUUUUUACUUUAUUCAGUGUGUGUGUGUAUGUGUGUGUGAAUAGAUCAGGGAGCUGCUGCCUUAAUGCAUGUUCAGGUUUCAGCUGGUCCUCAGGUGUGUCUGGGACAAAGAACGCCGAGAGCUUUCCUGUCUGUCGGGCGUAGCUGAAGGUUUGAAUUCAGCCAGAGCAUGAGAAUCGAGCCGAAACAGACAGUGUGUGUUCUGUUUAUACAGCUCCCAUUCGCAACUGAUGUCAUUUGAAGGCAUUUUUCUUAACAGUCAGAUUCAAAUUACAUGCAGAAAUGUGUCAUUAAAUCAAUCCAGUCCAAUCCAAACAUGCGUUAAAAUUAAUUUCGUCAAUACAAAAACGUUUUGGCACAAGAUGCUUUGUUAAAUGAAUCAAGUUGCUGAAUGUUUUUUUUUUUUUUUACUUGUGUCACAGGGCACUGCUAAUGCUAGUUAAAGUGUAUUAAGGGUUGUAAUUAACUUAAGAACAUUAUCAUGGAUCAGCCUCAUGUGAAUUUAGUGUGGGAACUCGUUCAACUUCCCUGGUAGCAGGUGGCCGAUGUUGGACAUGGGUGCUAUUCUCACCUUGACCACCAGAUGUCGGUAAUUGAGACACACUGACCCUUUAAUGCCAGAACAAGUAAAAUAAUAUCCCGUCUGCUCAGAGCUGAUAGAUAGUUGGACACAAAAUUGCUCCAUUUGGGAUAAAUAAGAAAACAUUUGGAAUUUCCGAGUGCACCUUCAAUCUAACGGACAGCAGGGGGCGACUCCUCUAUUUGUGACUCCAGAGGCAGAACAUUGAGGGUUCCUGCUCGGCGUUCUUUGUUCUCUACGUCAGACACUGAACAAAUCACUAACUCCAGACAGAAACACUCGUUUGCCUCCUGUUACUCCUUUAACUCCUCAACUUCUGUGACUGUUACCUUGACAACCACUCCAGAGUAAGUACAGAACCUCUCAGCUCAUUGAUGAUGUGCUUACCUCAGACAUUUUAGUUACUGUUUUUGAUGAAAAAACUACAUAAUGCAACGGGCAGAGUGAGAGCAGUGAAUGGGUUAAGCUGCGCCCACUGCUCACCAACAAUUUGCACACUCCUCAUUGAAUAAAUAGUAAACUUUAAAACAACCAAUAGGAAUUUUAUUAGGGGUUUUAUAGAUCGGUAUUUAUAAUGUUGGUGUGUGUUAAUUGACUGUUUCUGACUGUAUCUCAUCUUCUGGUGCUUUACUUAGGAUGUUUGUGAUCUAAAGAAGUUUUGAAUCAUGUUAGUGCGCCAGUCAGUGAAAAACAUUUCCCCCACAUUUACCCACCCAUUGUUAUGACCAGUGACGCUCCUGUUUUCCACCAGUUCAGCCUGCAGGUCAGUGACUCUGCAGGAACAGAUAAAAAAAAAAACCUUAUCACUUGAGUUCUGAUUACACUAAAGAUAAGGUGCUGAUGUUGUAUGAUCCAACAAAAAGAAAUGUAAGAAUUCCAAUUUUUGGCACUCUGAAAAUGUUUGUUUUUUUCAACAUCAUUUCAAAUGACCCUGUUUGAUUUUUAUCUUUCCAUAUUAUUACUUAUUAAGUCAGUUUGAGUGAAAACAUUCCUGAUUUGGUCUAUAUAUUAAGCAUCCUUUGCUUCUGACUGGCCCAUUUACUAUUCAGGCUUUCUUUCAGUAGUUCAAAUUUAAGACCUUUUAGAAGGAAAUUUAAGUCCUAUAGCUCCUCAGAAAUAUCCAAAUUUUGUCCAGCCAACUGCCAAUAAAUUACUAUAUAUAGCUAGCUAGCUAGAAAGGGUUAUGCUAGCAGUGAGUUACCAGUAACCUUACUGGCCCAGCAAAAAAAAAAAAAAAGGAAUAUAGGAAAUAAAUAGUCCUGCUAAGACAGCAUUUAAGACAUUUGAUUCAUGUAUUUAAGGCUUACUUACUUUUUUUAAAAUGAAUUUAAGACAUUUUAAAGGCCUUAAUUUUCCUUUGUAAAAGAUAGCACUAUUAGCAAACUUGCCAUACUGGUUGUUUUAUGGGAACUUUAAUACCAGAAUACACCAAGUUAACCCUGUGAAGCAACUACAGAUCAGGUGUGUGUAAGUGCUUGUUAUGAUUUUAUUUUAUAUUUUUUAUCAUCCAAGUGAUUUUACAAGAAAAAUCUGUGAUCCUUUUUGUGUAUCUAUGAGAGAACUGUGAUGUAAAGAUGAUGUUGAUAACGUAAUGAUAAUGUUCAACAUGAAGUGAUGAGAAUAAAGUAUACAUUUCUGCAGAAACACAGAUAGGAGGCUUCAUCUCAUUUGUUGCAGGUAAAGCCAUGUAUGCAUAGAUAGAAAUAAUGUCUACUAUGAUUUAAUCUACUCUAUAGUAGGUCUGGUUGUCUGUUUAAUGUUCUCCUUGCCUGGUCUGUCAGUAUUUUGUGCUGGUUUACCACAUAAAAUCCUGAUAAAAUAUA